GAAACCGGAAGCUACCGUCAGAGAGAGAGAGAGAGACCGGUGGAUUUUAUGACGGAUCCGCGGAAGAGCGCGGGUCCGAUCACAUAGCUCGGAUCACAGUACAUGAACAUGGAUGAAACACACUUUACAUAAACACUCAUAGCUUUUCAGAUUCGAGGUUGUUUUGUGUGUUGUUUAGCCGUGAAUUUCGCGUCUGACCUGGACAGUUUACCUGCGCGCGCGUCCCGGAAACAUGGACGGAUCGCCGCGGCGCGACACGAGAACGAGGCGCGUAACCGCCAGGCUGAAUGUGCUUUCACUCCUCAUAAUAUUCACCGAAGUGAUUUGUUCACAGGUUUCAUCAUUGCAGUUCUCUAAAGAGCCCGUGUCUCAGGAUGCUCUUCACGGUCGCAGUGCUAUCUUGCGUUGUGAGGUCAGCGAGCCCACAAGCGUUCAGUAUUCAUGGAUUCAGGACGGACGGCCCGUACAGGACUCUGAUCGACGCUUUCAGGAGGGCAGUAAUCUCAAGUUCACAGCGGUUGAUCGUCACUUGGACGCAGGCAGUUUUCAGUGUGUGGCUUUCAGCAGCAUCACUGGAGACACGGCGACCUCCUCGAAUGCAUCCUUCAAUAUUAAAUGGUUGGAGAGAGGGCCGGUCACUAUGAAUGAGCCCCCCUCCGAGGCGGAGAUAGAGGAGGCUGAACGAAUCGUAUUGCAGUGUCACAUUGAUGGACAUCCACGUCCCAGCAGUAAAUGGUUCAAAGAUUCAGUUCAGCUGUCUGCAAAAGAUCGAAUCCUCACACUCAGUGAGCUCAGCCCAGAGGAUUCUGGGAUAUAUUACUGCUGUGCUCGUAACGCUGCAGGUCAAGUCUGCAGUAAUCACAACAUCACGCUUAAUAUCAUCGAUAAGACUCUUCCUCGUGUGGUCGUGGCUCCAGAGGAUCAGGUGGUCUUGAAGAAUGAAGAUGCUGUGUUUCAUUGUCAGUUUAAAGCAAAGCCAGCGCUUGUGAUCGAGUGGAUUCAUAACUCUGAACCUGUUGUGAAUAAAUCACGGAUUGUGGUUUACUCUAACGGCACACUACACAUCUCUCAGGUGAAGCAGCGUAACACAGGUGUGUAUAAAUGUCUCGCUCGAUAUGGAGACAACAAACAUGUGCAUGUGGAUGCUACGCUUAAAAUCUCAGAGAUUGAAGACAUGGGUGCGCGCAUGUCUCGGGUUUUCUCCAAUAACAGUAUAGAGACGGUGAGUUGUGAUCCGCCGUUGGGUCUCCCUGAACCGGAGGUUUGGUGGGAGCGCGCAGGUGUCCGUGUCCCGUCUGUGGGACGAGUGUAUCAGCGGGGUAGAGAUCUGAACUUUAACCCCACAGACAGAUCAGACACAGACGUGUACACGUGUGUCGCCCGAAACAAAGCCGGACAGAGACAACAAGAGCUGGAGGUGAUCGUAGCCACCGCUCCAGAAUGGCUGGUUAAACCUCAGGACACACAUAUAGAGGAAGGUCAGGUGGGAUAUCUGCACUGCCUCGCUCAGAGCUCACCUGAUCCGCGGGUCACAUGGUACCGCAAAAGUGUUCCCAUCACUGAGGAGGUCUCUCACUUUAAGCUUUUCUCUAACGGGACUCUGAUGAUCAACAGCGCUGAUGUGAAUGAUGCUCAGAUCUACAGCUGCGAGUCUAAGAGCGAAGGCGGCUCUCUCACCGGACACGCUCGUGUUUUUAUACUGGAGAAGUUAAAGUUCACCCCCACCCCACAGCGGUCACAGUGCCUACAGCUCGACCGGGAGAACAGCAUCAGCUGCAUCGCACAGGGACGAGAGACACCGACAAUACUGUGGAGCAGAGCAGACGGUCGUGCUCUUCCUCCUCGUGUUCAUCAGCUGAAUGGAGUUCUUCAUUUCUCUACAGUGACUCGAGCUGAUGGAGGAAAUUACACAUGUGUCGCCUUUAAUAGUGUACAGGGAGAAAUCCGAGCUCAUAUAAACCUGACUGUAGGAGUUCAUAUAGAGUUUACAUUGAUGCCCGAGCAGACUACAGUAUAUCAGGGUCACACAGCCGUGUUUCACUGUCAAGCAUCAGGUGAUCCGUCACCGUUCAUCCAGUGGAAACUGAAGGACAAACUGCUACACAACACUCCUGACAGCAGGUUUCAGAAGAUGCCCAAUGGUUCUCUGGUCAUCAGUGAUGUCACUUCAGAUGACACAGGCGUGUACACGUGUAUCGCUGGAAACAGCUGCAACAUCAGAGACACAACAGCACAACUCUAUGUUGUGGAGAAGCCCAUUCACCCUCGUGAUGAAGAUGAAGAUAAGAGUCAGUUUAAGAUGUUUCAGACCAUCGCUCUGUCUGUGGCUGUAGCUGUAGCUUACAUCAUCAUCGUGUUGGGUCUCAUGUUUUACUGCAAACAGAGACGAAAAGCCAAACGCCUACAGAAGGACCACACUGCUGAAGAGCCUGAGAUGGAGUGUCUUAAUGGUGGCGCUCUUCAUCACAACGGUCAGUCAUCAGCAGAGAUUCAGGAGGAAAUCCCUUUAACUAACUUCUCAACUACAACAACUAAUGAGAAACAAACUAACCUGACAGAUCAACUGGAGUUUCCCAGAACCCAACUGCAGAUCAUCACCGCUCUGGGUAAAGGUGUGUUUGGUGAGGUGUUUUUGGCUAAAGCGAAGGCCAUUGAGGAGGAUGAGGAGGAGUCGGUGGUGGUUGUGAAGAGUUUAGAGAAUGGAGAGGAGUCGGUCCGGUCAGAGUUCAGACGAGAGAUGGAGAUGUUCAGUAGACUUCAUCACGCUCAUAUCGUCCGGCUGCUGGGAAUCUGCAGAGACUCAGAACCUCAUUACAUGAUACUGGAAUAUGUGGAUCUGGGAGAUCUUAAACAGUUUCUCUGGAUCUCCAAAAGCAAUGCUGCCAAACCGAAAUCACAUCCCAUCAGCACUAAGACUAAAGUGUCUAUCUGUACCCAGGUGGCUCAUGGGAUGGAGUAUUUAUCAAAACAGCGUUUCGUGCACAAAGACCUGGCGGCCCGAAACUGUUUAAUCAGCGCACAGAGACGCGUGAAAGUUUCGGCUCUUAGUCUCAGUCAAGACGUCUAUAACGGUGAAUACUAUCACUACAGACAGUCUUUGAUUCCUCUGCGUUGGCUCCCAGCUGAGUCUGUCUUUAAAAAUGACUUCUCCACAAAGUCUGAUGUUUGGGCAUUUGGUGUCCUCAUGUGGGAGGUUUUUAGUCUGGGUGAGCUGCCGUACCCCUCACUUAAUGAUGACAAUGUGAUGGAAGGUCUUCAGUCUGGAAAACUGAAUCUGUCUCCUCCAGAGAACUGUCCCGCCGCAAUCAGCAGUCUGAUGGGUCGCUGUUGGGCAUCCAGCCCUAAAGAGCGACCCAGUUUCAGCGAGAUCGCCCGGACUCUGGCACGUUUACCCACAGAUACUAAACUUUAAAGGAUCAAACUGUUAGUUCAGCACAGAUUUCUAUGAUUCAAACCACUCGUCAAUGAUGCGAGAGAGACUCCUGCACAUUUCAGACACUAGAGACUUUUGUCAUGUUCGUGACCGUGAGUGUGUGCGGCAGGUAAAUAUCACACACACACACUUGGAUCCAGAGAGCCUUAAUUAUGGCACAAAUCUUCUCUCCGUGAAACCUCAGGGACCGCUGGAGUCUUCGAUUUAAACUUCUGUCAGCGCAGGACAAUCUCCAAUCUUUCAGGGGUACAAACACAAACCAUGCAUGUUUGUUGGUCAGAAUGUGUGUAAUGUUUUUGACAGCCGAUCAUCUGUAUUAAAGGUGGUGUGUGUAAAAUUUAGCGACAUCUAGUGGUGAGAUUGCAAAUUGCAACCAACAGCUCACCCCUGAAUUUCAAAACACAUACUAAAAAGUUAUUUUAAAGGUUACACAAUGCACCUUUAAAUAACAGUUGAUGUUUAGUACCCAUGCAGCUCAAUGUGACAGAGACGAGCAAUCUAAAGUUUAACAAAAUAUCACACCUGAAGUGAAGGUCAGAAACUGAAAUGAACAAGGUCAAAAACCUUUAAACUCGUCUGUUUGUUAGGAAACAAUGAAACUUCAGCAGUCAGAAAGCUUCCUUAGUGGAAAAUAAUGAUGAAAUAAUGAUGCUAUAAUCCGAUUCAUCUUUACUGUACGCUGCUGAGUAAUGUGUGUGUGUAUGUGUCAGAUAUAGAGAUGAAACGGUAGGAACAUUUUACUUCACGGUUAUCAAUAUUAUCAUGGUUUUAUGAACAAUUUCUGAAAUGUAAAACAAAGUACAGAUGCAAACCAAAUGUAAAUUUGAUUUUACAUGUAAGUGCACUUUUUUAACAUAAACAUCAAAUAAAUAACAUGAACAUGAAUCAUGGCACAUUUGAAGAUAAAUGUUCAUCUAGUCCAGAUAAAUCAGAUUGUCAUAUAAACACAAAUCAUCGAGUCAUCUGUCUGUGUAUGUUUUGAGAAAUCAGGUGAACUUUAUGACCCAGGAGUAAAACUGCACAACACCUGCGCUCAUAGAAGAAACAAACGGAGCUUUAAACUCAUCACAUCACAUCAUUGAAUGGAAAAUGAAGAGAAAAGAUGGAUCUGUCUAAAGAAAUAUUAACUAAAAGACAUGUGUCAGUUCAACUAGAUUUCACUAAAUAUAAACAUUUAUUGGAUUUAAAUUGAGUCAGUGAAGCUGACUGUCAUCACAAACACAUGAGAGCAGACGUGAAUGAAUGUGUUUGUCUGGCGUUAUUGCUUAAAUUGGUUGAUGCUGGAGAGAUGUUUUCAAGCUGGCACAGUUAAACGGUAAUUAAAAAAUGAUGCAGCAUUACUAACCGAUGGACAUUUUUAUUACGAUUAACCAUUAAACCAGUAAUCGUUUCAUCUCUAGUCAGAUAUAAAAUAACUUAUCAGGGUUGUUUCUGAGGAAAUUUACAUUGAGGUGCUGAUAUUAUUGUAAUAGAUAAAUAUGCAAUGCCUUAAAUUGCAAACAUUCCUAAGCCAUAAAUAAUAAUCAUUUAUUAUCCCUCUUUCUAUUUUAAUUGAUAAAAAUACAUUUAUUUCUACACAUUAUUAGUAGUUUUGCCUGUUGUAGAGAUUCCACAUCUGUUGUUGACUGUUACGUGUAAAUGUGUAAUGAUUUGUAUAUAUAGUAGUUGGGAUGAAGUGUAUGUAUGUAUGUAUGGAGGUUGUUGUUUAUCAUGAAAGGGCCCAGUGUUUGUUUAUAAUAAACACACGCAUGACUUCACCAGGCAGGUGUAUUAAAUCAUAUAAUCGGUCAAUACUGACGUUUUCUUCAAGUGCCUGGAAAAUGAAGGAAUUAUUUGCUGUUUUUUUACAGUAUGUUUUUAAUGCAGUUGCUUCCUGUGUUUAAGACGCCUUUUCUAAAAAUCUUGUGUUUUUGUUCUUAUUACUUUUCUAUUUCAGUACAAAAACACUGUAUGUUGAUAUUUGUUUUGUGUUUUUUAAACACUUGUUACCUGAAUGGUUUUGUAUUUUGCUUUAGUAAAGGUCACAGUAAUCCAGAUAUGCUGUAUGCUGCUCUUAUUAAACAUUCGUGUUUUUAACAG